AUGUUAAUAUACUAAAACAUAUGACACGCUACAAUGAAGUUCACUUUAUUUCUACGCAGGAAGCUAGACGACAGAACCGUAUUGUAUGCUAAUGGUGCUAAAAGAGCGAAACCGGAAGUCCUUGCGGGAUUGUCCUCUCACACCUGCACAGUCCUCUGCGCUGUCGUCCGAGAAUGGCCGCUGCUGCAGCAGGAAUAAACAAGCAGGGCGCCGUAGCGACGAUGGAGCCCUGCAUCCGACACGGGAGGGGAGCUAGUGGAAACACGGUGAAGGUGCUGGAGUGCGGUGUGUGUGAGGACGUCUUCUCCCUCCAAGGGGACAAGGUUCCUCGUCUUUUGCUCUGCGGUCACACAGUGUGCCAUGACUGUCUUACCCGGUUGCCCCUCCAUGGCAGAGCAGUCCGCUGCCCCUUCGACAGACAGGUCACUGAGCUGGGGGACUCUGGAGUUUGGGGUCUAAAGAAGAACUUUGCUCUGCUUGAACUCCUGGAGCGGCUCCAGAAUGGAGCCACCAACCAGUCGGGAAUGGCGGAGGAUGCUCUGAAAGGCAUGGGAGAAUGCAUAAUACGGUGUGACGAGGAUGAAAGUCAUACAGCCUCCAUGUACUGCACUGUGUGCGCCACCCACCUGUGUGCCGAGUGCUCCCAGCUCACCCACUCCACGCGCACUCUGGCCAAACACCGUCGGGUGCCGCUGGCUGACAAGCCUCAUGAGAAGACCCUGUGUCCGCAGCAUCAGGUGCACGCCAUCGAGUUUGUCUGCCUGGAGGAGGCCUGUCAGUCUGGGCCCCUCAUGUGCUGUGUGUGUAAGGAGUACGGCAAGCACCAGGGACAUAAGCACGCUGUUCUUGAGACUGAAGCUAACCAGAUCCGCGCGUCCAUUUUGGACAUGGCCCACUGCAUCCGCACCUUCACAGACGAGGUGUCCGAGUACUCCAGGAAGCUGGUGGGCAUCGUGCAGCAAAUAGAAGGCGGAGAGCAAAUAGUAGAGGACGGAGUUGGCAUGGCACACACUGAACAUGUCCCUGGCACAGCAGAGAGCGCACGCUCCUGUGUCCGGGCUUACUUCGCAGACCUCCACGAGACUCUGUGUCGGCAGGAGGAGAUGGCGCUGAGCGUGGUGGACGCUCAUGUCAGGGAGAGGCUGAUCUGGCUGAGGCAGCAGCAGGAGGACAUGACCAUCCUGCUGUCUCAGGUCUCCACCGCCUGCCUGCACUGUGAGAAAACACUUCAGCAGGAUGACUGCAGAGUUGUGCUGGCAAAGCAAGAGAUCAACUGUUUGCUGGAGACCCUACAGAAGCAGCAGCACCAGUUCACUGAGCUGGCGGAUCACAUUCAGCUGGACGCUGGCAUCCCCGUCACCUUCACUAAGGACAACCGGGUCCACAUCGGUCCAAAGAUGGAGAUCCGUGUCGUGACCCUCGGGCUCGAUGGAGCUGGAAAAACCACCAUCCUCUUCAAGCUGAAACAAGACGAGUUCAUGCAGCCUAUCCCAACUAUCGGUUUCAAUGUGGAGACAGUUGAAUAUAAGAACCUGAAAUUCACCAUCUGGGACGUGGGUGGAAAACAUAAGCUCAGACCCCUCUGGAAACACUACUAUCUGAACACUCAAGCGGUGGUGUUCGUGAUUGACAGCUGCCACAGAGACAGACUCAUGGAGGCUCACAGUGAACUGGCCAAACUACUGACGGAGAAGGAGCUGAGAGACGCCUUGUUGCUCAUCUUUGCAAACAAACAGGAUGUGCCUGGCGCCGUGUCCGUGGAGGAGAUGACGGAGCUGCUGAGCCUACACAAGCUGUGCUGUGGGAGGAGCUGGCACAUUCAGGGCUGCGAUGCCCGCAGCGGGAUGGGCCUCCACGAGGGGUUGGAUUGGCUCUCCAGACAGCUGGUGGCUGCUGGUGUCCUGGACGUAGCCUAAGUGUCACCUCCCUCCGUCCUUACUGACUCUCCCCUAACGACUGACCCCAAACCCCAGCCGCUGAGCUCUCUCCACCGGUUCUCUCACAACUUCCAAGCAUCAAAACUUUUAAGACGACACUGCGGCUUUAAGCCCUUCUCAUCAUCAUCUUUCCCUCUUUGUGCAACGCUGUGGGCAAAGAAAACAAAGACGUAAAUACUCUCUGUAGGCUCAUUGAAUGGGAACAUGGAAACUAAAAACUUACACCACCAUCCCAAACUCCGUGAAAUAAACUGACCAGGCUUAAAAUCUGAGCUAAGACCACACAUGCCCGUCCUGUUUAACGUCUGAGGCAGCUUACACAGUCUAACACUUUGGUUUUUCUUUGUCCUGACGCUUUCAGGAGACGGAGACGUUUAUCUGGCAUCUGCAGCUCGUCCACUUUGGUCCAGUCAAAUGUCUCAACUAAAAGCAGAGUAGUCUGUGUUGUAAUGAUAGUAUCAUUUACAUACCAUAGACUUGAGAUAAUCCUGAGAAAUAACUACAAUGCCUUCUUAGUUAAAUCCAGUAUACUCCAGUCCCAGAGGACGUCCAGUGGCUUCUAACUAACGGUCAAAUGUUUAGAUUUUGGCUGAGCUCUCACUUAGUCCUGUCAUCUAAUGUAAGCAAUAGCAGUUGAUGUUUCAUGGGGUCUUAUAAGUUUAUUUUUAAGUGUAUGAACCUAUUUAAUGCCACAGCUGGUCUUGAAAUGGCGCACCGGUGGAGUUUCUGGUUUGAAUGUAGUGUUAACUGUUACAGAACAAACUGUUUACUGAACUUAUUUAUGAGCAGGAACAAGGACGUCACCCUGACGUGGGGCUGUGAGGGAAGAUCCGUUUUUAUGCACCGACUCUGCCUCCGUUUUGUGGAGCGUUUUGCACGCAGAAUUCGUCAAACGCACUCGUCUGCUGCCGCACUACCAGUUUUCAUUUGGGAGUAAAUUAACUAUCUGCUGUUUCUUAGAAGAGUGUGAGUAUUAAAAACGCUGCAAAAAAAAAAAAAGUCUUGUGAAAAUAUUUCUAUUUAAACAUCUCACACUCGUCCUGUUCACCUGUCUGGAGAGCUUACAACAC